AUGAGCAGCCAAAGCAACGGCAUGGCUGGUGCCCAACACUCCAGUGCCAACAGUCCCGGUAAGCCGCGUACUCAGGAAAUAGAACUUACGGCUCGGUUUUCGGAACAAAUGGCGCAGUUGUGCAUGUGUUCAGACUUCUCCGAUGUUACAUUCCUCGUGGAAAAUCAACGCAUUCCGGCUCAUCGGGUAAUAUUGGCGGCUCGGAGUGGGUACUUUCGAGCGCUACUGUACGGUGGGCUGUCGGAGACCAAGCAGGAUGAAAUCACGCUGUACAUUCAGCUCGAAGCGUUCAAAUGCCUACUGAAGUACAUCUAUUCAGGCAGCAUGUCUCUAUCGCAGAUGAAAGAAGAACACAUCCUCGAUACGCUAGGGCUUGCCAAUCAAUAUGGCUUUGCUGAUUUGGAGAUGGCCAUUUCGGAAUAUCUGCGCGAGGUGCUCUCCCUCAAUAACGUGUGCGCCAUACUGGAUGCCGCCCGCCUGUUUGCACUCAAUGGUUUGACUAGCGUAUGCCACUCUUUCAUGGACCGGAAUGCAACCGACAUAUUGCAACAUGAAACCUUCCGCAAUCUUUCGCUCGAUUCGCUAAACAGUCUCUUGUCGCGGGAUACUUUUUUCGCUCGCGAGGUCGAGAUCUUCCAAGCCGUCUACGAUUGGUGCCGAUGUAAUGCUGACAAUGUGCACAACGUUGACGACGUCGUGAGAAAGGUGCGGUUCUCCCUGAUGUCACUGGAGGAACUACUGUCCAUAGUGCGGCCAUCGGGUAUACUCGAUCCAGACCGCUUGUUGGAUGCAAUUGCAGAAAAGGUUUCAUCAAAACAGCUACCCUAUCGCGGGGCACUGUGGCCGGAGGAAAACGUUGCCACACCAAAAUUUAACUCGCGGACCAUCCAUGGAGAUUUGCGAUCGGCGCUACUAGACGGGGAUACUAUUUCCUACGAUAUGGAAAAAGGAUACACUCGACAUACGAUAAGCGAAAAUGGCGAUUCGAAUGGAAUCAUCGUAGAACUGGGAAAGCUGUUCAUCAUUAAUCAUAUCAAGGUAUUGUUGUGGGAUCGUGACACUCGAUCGUACAGCUACUACGUCGAAGUGUCGGUAAACCAACGAAACUGGGAGCGAAUCGUCGACCACACGAAGUAUUAUUGCCGGUCUUGGCAGUUCCUUUAUUUUCCGGCACAAGCCGUACGGUACAUCCGUCUCGUCGGUACGCACAACACGGUAAACAAGGCAUUCCACGUCGUCGCCCUUGACGCAAUGUUCACCUGUUCCACGACCCCGGUUGUGGAAGGUAUUUUAGAUCCCGCGUAUAACGUGGCCACCGUUGAGAAGAGCGCGACGGUGAUGGAAGGUGUAAGUCGCACACGAAACGUUCUGCUGAACGGAGAUGUGAAAAACUAUGACUGGGACUCGGGCUACACUUGCCACCAAAUCGGAAGCGGCGUAAUUCUUAUUCAGCUCGGCCAACCGUACUGGAUCAGGUCGUUGCGAUUGCUACUAUGGGAUUGCGAUAGUCGAUCGUACAGCUUCUACAUCGAGGUGUCGCCUAACAUGAAGGACUGGGAAGUGGUGGUGGAUAAGCAGUCAGAGCGCUUGAAAUCGUGGCAGCACUUUACCUUCCUUCCGAAGGUGGUCGUUUACAUACGGAUUGUCGGCACGCAUAAUACAGCGAAUGAAAUGUUUCACUGCGUACACUUUGAGUGUCCUUCGCAGGAUCCCGACUAUUUGCGGAGCGGACGAGAUAGUUCAAUCGAACUGCAUGUUAACGAAGGAUCGAAACUACAGCUACCGGUUUGUCCGGUUAUACAAGACGUAUCGAUCGACUGA